GGCAUCGCGCGGCGGUCCGACCCCAUAACACAUACGCAAUUAGAAACCACUGAUUUAGAAAGAAGAAUGGUAGCUCUGUAAGAUGGUAUAACUUUACCAGCUGUAUAAUAUAAUUAAAUGCUAAAAAUGUUCAAUUUAAAAUUUUAAAAUGAUUUUUUUCAAUGAAAAAAUAAUUUUACAGCCGCCAAAGUUGUAUAUUCCGAAAGGGCAUCCAAUUUGCCAUAAAACUGUUACGAUUUAAUGAACACUCCGUGUAUGGGGUCGGACCGCAGUAAAUGAAACCAAUGUAUACAAAUCGCGACGACCCGCAUCUAAAUUUCGCCGGCUUGAGUCAAGAUUUUGUUGAAUUCCGGAACACCCGACCUCGGUUCAGAGCAAGAUUUUGUGUUUAUUCGUUGAUUACAGUGGAUUUAAAAACACGUGCAGAGCAAGAUAUUAGCAUAAAAGAAAGGGGAAACUCAUUGGCCUACCAAAAAUUUUGUAUUGUUGUGAGAGCAACAACAGGACUCCUGAAUACUUUUGAAGGAAACCAUAUGUCAAAUACAUUUUCUAUACUCUGGACCAAUGGAAGGAUCCCUUACUAGAUUCCAUAAUUUGAUCUGUAACCCUGAAGAAGACAAACUCAACCAGGAUAUUGACUAUUAAUUACAAUGCUACCCAACCUCAUAGAGAAUUUUCCCAAUCAGGAUAUUGACCUGUCUUUUUUAACCUGCUCUAAGAUUUCUGAUAAUUGUAUAAGUUAGGACCUAGACAUUUCCAGAAGUUGACUUUGAU